CUUUUAGACAUCCGAACUUUGCUGAUGUUUCAGUCCUGUGGGUGUCAGUAAAGCAUCAGAUCUCGAUUUAUACCUCCAGCAGAAGAAGCGGAACGUUUAUUUAGUCUGGAGGUCACUGAGAAGUUUGCGUUUUUUACUCAUUGGAGGUAUGGGUGGAGAUCAUGGACACAGUAAUCUGGCCAUCCCAGACCACAAAACAUGGAAGUGGGAAGGAACUCCACUGGAAAUGACCCAGCAGCGUCUUGCUCGGAGGGGACUGAAGGAUCCCUGGGCACGAAACGAAGCAUGGCGGUACACCUUCGGCCGACCGGUCACUUUCGGUAACGUUCUGCUGCGUGGAUUUCGAACAGGAUUCAUCGCCUUUGCAGUGGCUCUGGCUGUGGAGUACACCUUCUUCCCUCCAAAGAAGUCCGAGCACUAAGGAGAGAAACGUCUGCACAUGAAUACCAGGAUCCCGAAAGAGCCACUGAUUACCGGACUCUGAUUUAGCUACAGGCUACUAAGCUAUCUGUACUAUUCUUGGUGUCAUCGUUUUAUCCUGUACGUUGUAGUAAAAUAAUAAUAAAAUGAUUAUGCUCAGA